AUGAUAGCCCCAGAGUUUUUCAAUGGAGAAAUUGUAUUAGAUUUAGAUAGCACUAUAUUUAAAAUACAAAGUGAAAAAAUAAUUAAUUUUUAUGAACAAACUGUAUAUAACUAUUUAUAUAAUGAUGAUAAUACAAAGAAUGACGAGAAAGCUAACAUAACGACUGCUUAUCGUGUAGAUGAAAAAAUUAAAAAACUUAAAAAAGAGAGAAAUAAAAAGAAGGGUCUUAGUUUUCAAACGUUAUCGCUUCUAGUAACGUUUUCAUUUAUAUAUUUUUCUUGUAAAGGAAUUAUUGAUCAUUUUAAAUUAAAUGGUAACCAAAACAUUAAAAAGUCUAUUUAA